AUUCCACACUGAAAGAAGGUGGAGGGGUAAAAACCCAUUCAGAUCCAAAGAGUUGAGCUGAAAGCAGUCAACAUGUUCAGGUUUCUGAGUUUCUGUGUUCUGAUACUUGGCAUCAGUGCAAAGCCAUACAAACCCUGGAAUCAACUCACAGAUGAAGAAUUCCAGCAUACGGUCAUGUCCUUAAAGGAAGGACGCAUGUCCUUAGGAGUGGAAGUAGAGCCUCCUGAGGACAUGGAUGAGACUCACUAUGAGAUCGACCCUCGCAUGAGGAUCUGGAAGAGCAUGACAGCCAGUGGAGAGGACAAAAAACCCUUGAAGGAGGAAGAAGACUUGGAUAAGCUGCACCAUCCUUUGAUGGCUCAUCUCCUCAAUGUUCAUAAACAAAACCUGGAGGCCCUCCCUGCUGCUGACAUCCAGGCAGAACCCUGGCAGGAAGUUUCCCACGUGAAGAACCAUCAGGAACCAGAGAAGGAGAAAGAUGACAUGGAGGACUCUGGUUUCAGUAAGGUGGCCUCAGAUGAGCCUGAGCAGGACUGGGAUGAAGUCUACCGCCAAGCGAGGGAGGAGCUGGAUGUGUAUCUAGCUCCACUAAUUGCUGGACACAAUGCCGGUAAAGAGGUCCGCGUUGCACGGACCGAGCCAGAGAAGGAUGAGGACGGGCUGCAUCGCCGUGACGACCAGGGUUCACCGGGGCAGAUGGAGUUGGUGAGGCAGGAGGUCAGGGGGGAAAGUGGGGUCAGAAUUCACCUUCAUCCAGAGGAGGAUAUGGAUGACCUGUACCACAAAGACCCAUCCGAGGUCACCGGUCACCAAGAGGAUACUGAAGCUGUCGCUCCGGUGUAUUUCCCAUCCCAGAGGAGGUACACCGAGCCAGAGGAGGAUCUGGAUCAUCUCUACCACCAAUGAUCUUUCAACAACUCUUCCUGGGUGGAUCCCUAUCAUUCCAGAUCAUACACGGGAAAAUAAAUAGGUAUUGUAGAAUAGUAUUGUAAGUGUCAUUUGAUUUCAUUAAACUGUCUCAACAAGAAUAAAGGGAUCUAAAUUUGUUCAUAGAUGGGAUUUAACACAUGUACAUCAUCAUCACCAUCCUCAAACAUCAAAGACUUUGGGUAUUUUAUUUGUCCAGAACACGCAAUAGUUAGAAACAUUGCUACCUAAUAAUAAUAAAAAUGAUUUAUGCUACACCUAAACCACACCUCAACAUUAUAAGAACAAUGUUUUGAAGUGGAAACGGAAUAAACCUGAAAAUAAAUUUCAUGCAAAA